AUGUCUUUGAUGCUGAGCUUUGAUUUUCGGUUUUACCAGGAUUGGGUGUUCUUUAAGAAGAAUUUUAAUCCAUGGGUGCGGCUAAAGUUAUUAAAAGAUCAAGGCGCGCUAAGGCGCCAAGGAGUCUUGGAGUCUAGGCGCAAAGCGCAGUCUUGUCUACUUUUUACCUCUAAUCUAGAAAUAUGUGUCCUGUGUCUGGUUUUUAUUUGGUGCUACAAAAACUUGUCUUCACUUCUCGCAGCUGAUGCUGCCAAAAAGACUGAUUCAAAGGCGCAAGCUGUCAAAGCUGCCAAGGCUGUGAAAUCAGGACCAACAUUUAAGAAGAAAGCUAAAAAGAUCAGGACAAAGGUCACAUUCCACCGGCCCAAGACAUUGAAGAAGGAGAGAAACCCAAAGUAUCCUCGCAUCAGCGCACCACCAAGAAACAAGUUGGACCACUAUCAGAUUCUGAAGUAUCCACUAACUACCGAGUCUGCCAUGAAGAAGAUUGAGGACAACAACACACUUGUGUUUAUUGUUGACAUUCGUGCUGACAAGAAGAAGAUCAAAGAUGCAGUGAAGAAGAUGUAUGACAUUCACACCAAGAAAGUCAAUACUUUGAUCAGGCCUGAUGGAACUAAGAAGGCAUAUGUAAGGUUGACUCCAGAUUAUGAUGCCUUGGAUGUGGCAAACAAGAUUGGCAUCAUUUAAAUUAUGGUUUUGUGAGUUAGAUCACUAGCAAAGUGAUACCAACAUAUUGUUUUGUUGACAGUUUUGUUAGGAGUAAUUAAGUGAUUUAGGGCCCCAAUAUCACGUUUGUUUUCUUUAAAAUAUUUUGAGAACUAUAAUUUCUGUUUUUACUCUAUUUCAUUUAAAAUUUAUUUGAUAUGGCCAAUUUUUCAA